AUGGAGUCGCACCUUGACGUGGUGCUGGGGCUUUUAGUGCUACGAGGAACUUCAUUGCAGGCCAUUGCAGUGAGCGCGAUAGAAACCAAGACGACUUCACCCCUCGAGAAGGUUCCAGAUCAUGUCCGAUUUGGGGAGGUGAAGAGAUCCUUUGGUUCUCUGAUCAAAACUGCACGACCGUCUCGCGAUGGCAAAUUUGUUGAUAUUACUCGUUGUGGCGACAUCCACAAGAACCCUGGCCCCGAUGCUAAUGGACGCCUUAUUUGUUGGCAACUGAACAUCGCCGGCCUUUCACCAUUAAAAAAGGCGGCUCUUACCCACCGUCUUUCGGCAUUUCUACCGGACAUUGUCCUUCUCCAGGAGACGAAGAACCAGAGUACGACGGCAACGAAAAUUCUUGGGUAUUGUGAUUUCCAUCACCCCCGUAAGGGUAGAGGUGGUGGUGUCGCUAUUCUAGUGCGCCAUGGCCUCCAAUGUGAACAGAUUUCACUACCUGGUACCGACUCCUUGGAGACCAUCGCCAUCCGUGUAUUUGCUCCAGCAAGUCCCCCAUUGUCUGUGGUGACUUUUUAU